AUGGACUCUCAGCGCGGACGCUCGCCCUCGGCGGGCCACACGAAUAUAAGGCACUCGACCUCAGCAUCGCCCCACCCGCAGCAAUUGCCCUCGACGUCCUACCUCGCCGACGAUACCACUGCCCACCAGAACAACAACAACAACUUCCUCAACGCCCACGGUGCCUCAGGCGCAUUCGCCGACUCCUUCACCCAGGACUACUCCCAGCAGGCACAGUACUCGCUGGGCCCCACCUUCACCGACUUCAACCAGCAGCAGCCCCAGAACGGCGCCGUCGCCAACCAUACCUUCCUCCAGUCCGCCCAAGAUCUGUCGGGCACCACGAACCCUACCGACUCCAACGCCUUUCCCUCCUUCGACUUCAACCAGACCAACUUCGACACGAACACCUCCCUUGACCCGAGCCUGCUCUCAGCCGACCUCGACCCCACCAACGCCUUGGAACUGAUCGCGGCGCAAACGAACACGAACAACGGCACGCUCAACCCCAUGGCGACCACCAUGUCAUCUCAUUCACCCACCCCGCCCCAUCUCUUCAACACCGACAUGAACAGGCGACACUCUGGCAGCCCCAGCCCACAUGCCUCCCCGAACUUCGCACAGGCGCAACCGAACUAUCAGAUGAACAGACCGCGAAAUGUGUCAGAGUCACUUGAUCCCUCAAGUGCCAUGUUUCCACAGGGUCAGAGUAACGAGUGGAUGGGCAUGGGCGCAUACAGAUCGCACAAGAGGACACCUUCAGACAAUCUAUCGGACAUCUCUUCGAACCAUGCGUCGCCGUACAUGAACAAUCUGGACAGUUUCGAUGUAGCCAAUGCGCACUCUUCACCUUUGCUCAAUCCUACCAGCGACCCCACUUUCAACGACGGACUCGGCCUGCAGCAGUUUAGUUUGAAUGAGAACCAGCAGCCUUUCAGCCACAGCCCCGGCCACAGUCCAGGUCAUUCGCCUCAUCUCAUGCCGCAACCACAGCAUGCGCUACCUACGUUUACUGCUGACAACAACUUCGGUCUCACCAACAAUAUGAACGGUCAGUUCGGACAACAAAAUAACGGGCUGGAAAUGUUUCCGGGUGUCGGCCAAGAGCCUUUCCCAUCUCUCAACAAUGGCAACAACAACCAAGGCGCGAGCCCUGGUGAGCUUGGCCAAGCAGAUCACAUGAGCCCUCCAGAAAUCAAUAUCGACUUUGCGCCGCCUUCGAGAGUCCCCACGGAUAACAUGCGACAGGAGAACUCUCAAGACGCGCUGAGUCCGCCACUAAGAACGACAAACCGACAGCGCGCCAAAUCAGACUCAAAUCUAGGCUCGAGAUCUCCCUCGCCCGCCUUGGUCGGACGAGGUAGGUCCCCGUCUGCGGGCGGCGAGAGUCUUUCGCCAUUCGACAACAACAGCAAACCCUCCUCGCGGUCGUCUUCCCCAGCACGUGGACGCAAUGGCUCGCUUAACCGCGCGCGUAGUUCAAGUAACGCUUCAGACGAGCGCGACUACAUUCUCGAUCUCGCAGACCCGCAGCGAACUCCAUCGAAUGGCGCAGACAGCAAGCGUGUCCAAAAACACCCUGCAACUUUUCAGUGCAACCUCUGCCCUAAGCGAUUCACGCGAGCUUACAACCUGCGUUCACAUUUGCGCACGCAUACCGAUGAGCGACCGUUCGUCUGUACCGUGUGCGGUAAAGCCUUCGCACGUCAACACGAUCGAAAGCGUCACGAAGGUUUGCAUUCUGGUGAAAAGAAGUUCGUUUGUCGUGGAACCCUACAAAGCGGCUCCCAAUGGGGCUGCGGCAGGCGCUUCGCACGUGCCGAUGCGCUCGGUCGUCACUUCCGUUCAGAAGCAGGUAGAGUCUGCAUCAAACCGUUGCUUGAUGAGGAAGCUGCCGAGCGCCAACGAGCGUGGAUGGAAGAACAGCAGCAAGCACAAGCCGCCGCUGGUAUGGUCGCUCCACAGCCGAUGGUGACCCAGCCGGCAGUCGACAUGAUGGGCAACUUCUUGCCAGAGGCACUCCUCGCACAAUACCCAGCACUCCGCGGAAUCGACUGGACCAACGUACCUCAAGGACCACCCGAAGAAGACGCCUACAGCGGGCGCAGUUCUUUCGAUGCCUCUAGCGGCGGCGAAUACUACGAAGACAUCUCCGAGAACGAAAUGGGCUCGUACCAGGAUUCCGCCAUGAGCGGGAUGAACAACAACAUGGGCAUGAACAACAUGGGAGGGAUGCAGAGCGGCGGCAACCAGCAACAGAACUUCGGUUACGGCAACCAAGCGGCGGAUUACAUGAGUGAUUUCGAAGGGCGGUGA